UUAAAGAAUUACUGCCUAGUUAUUAAAUUGGAUAUUUUAAAAUUUGGAUUCUUGAAAAAAAAAAUUCUCCUUGUAUUGCUGUAUAUAGACCUGUUAUAUUCCUCUACAGAACCCUCCAUGUAGAGAAACUGCUCCACACAUCUGACAAAUAGAGGCAUUUAGAGUGUCACAUAUCAUACAUAUCAUUAAAUGCAUGUUCUGUAACUAGAUUUUCAUAAAAGCACAGUAGCUGGGUCUCUGAGUAAGUCAGUGCACCAUGAUAGAGAUUUACCCUCAUCUUGUUUGUGAAAUUCUUGAGCAAUGAUUGUGAGUAUUAUCUCAUACUGCCUUUUCUUUUCUGCAGAUAAGGCAGCAUAAAUUACAAGGAUAAAGAAAUUUGCAUGGACAUUUAGAUCUGUUCAAAAUGAUGUGUGCUGGGAAAAAAUCUUACUUUGCUGCUGCUGUGUGCAUUAUGACUGUAACUUCAAUGCUUGCAGUUUCUUAUCUGAAGUUACAGAGACUUUCUCAUCAGCCAAAAGUAAUUCAAGAAGGUAGAAGAUGUAGAGGGAAAAUUGCCAUUAGCACAAUAACAGCAUUAGAAGGUAACAAAACUUUUAUUAUAUCCCCAUACUUUGAUGACAGAGAAAGCAAAGUCACUCGUCUGAUUGGGAUAGUUCACCAUGAAGAUGUAAAACAACUGUACUGCUGGUUCUGCUGUCAGGCCAAUGGAAAGAUAUAUGUAUCAAAAGCAAAAAUUGAUGUUCACUCAGAUAGAUUUGGAUUCCCUUAUGGUGCAACAGAUAUAGUUUGUUUGGAACCUAAAAAUUGUGAUCCAACACAUGUAUCAAUUCAUCAGUCUCCAUAUGGAAAUAUUGACAAGCUGCUGAGGUUUGAAAUUAAAAAUCGCAAGCCUGAGACCUCUUCUGUUGACUUCACUGUGUGCAUUUCUGCCAUGUUUGGAAACUACAAUAAUGUCUUGCAGUUUAUACAGAGUAUGGAAAUGUAUAAGAUUCUUGGAGUACAGAAAGUGGUGAUCUAUAAGAACAACUGUAGCCAUCUGAUGGAGAAAGUCUUGAAGUUUUAUGUAGAAGAAGGAACUGUUGAGGUAAUUCCCUGGCCAAUAAACUCACACCUCAGGGUUUCUUCUGCGUGGCGCUUCAUGCAAGACGGGACACACAUUGGCUACUAUGGACAAAUCACAGCUCUAAAUGACUGUGUAUACCGUAACAUGGAAAGGAGCAAGUUUGUGGUCCUUAAUGAUGCUGAUGAAAUAAUUCUUCCCCUUAAACACCCAGACUGGAAAACAAUGAUGAACAGUCUUCAGAAGGAAAACCCAGGGGCUAGUGUUUUCCUCUUUGAGAACCAUAUCUUCCCAGAAGCCGUAUCUUCUCACACGUUCAACAUUUCAUCUUGGAAUACUGUGCCAGGAGUUAACAUAUUACAGCAUGUAUACAGAGAGCCUGACAGGAAAAAUGUAAUGAAUCCCAGGAAAAUGAUAGUUGAUCCACGAAAGGUGAUCCAGACUUCAGUCCAUUCUGUCCUACGUGCUUAUGGGAAGAGCGUGUAUGUUCCCAUGGAUGUUGCCCUCAUUUAUCACUGUCGGAAGGGCCUUCAAGGAAACCUUCCCAGAGAAUCUCUCAUCAGGGAUACAACACUGUGGAGAUAUAACUCAUCAUUAAUCAUGAAUGUUAACACGGUUCUAUCUCAAACCAUGCUGCAAACUCAAAAUUGAAACCUCAGUUAUAAGGAGUGAAAGUGGAGGGCUACCUGUAUUGUGGGAAGACAGAGGAUAUAAUUUAAAAAUCACAUUACAUUGAUUUUCACAUGGAGUCUACAUUUUUCUGCAAUUAUUUAGGGAAUAUCUAGCAAAGCCAUGAAUCACUUAAUGAUGAUACCAAGGGUCAGUGCAGAUUGUAGCAUCUCUUCUGGGAAAUGUACAAUUUGUUUUCAGUUAAUAAUAAAAAUCAGUAUUUGUCAACUGAUUCAAGUAAUGCAAAAUAGUUUUCAACCUAUGUACAAAAAGUUCAAAUACAAUCAUUAGUAUAAAGGUAGCAUUGCUUAAUUAUUGCAGUUUGUAUGUCACUGGGUACUAAAUUUGUAUGGAUCAAUUUGAGUAAAAGGUAGACAAGUAAUUGAGUACAAUCUUCCUUUCAGUUGUAAAAAAUUACCCCUUAUGUUCUUGGAAAUAGUGUAUGUUAAAGAUGUGAUGAUUGUAACACUAAACACAGCCAUUGGAGUUUUGCUGAUAAAAAAUGUCUUGUUCAACUGGGCUUUGGAGACAUGUAAGUUUGAGAAGAGUCAUUGCACCUAUUCCGGAAUUACUAAAGUGCCAAAUGCUGAGUUGUGUCAGCAAGCUUUAAUAGAGGCAAGGGAGAGAGAUUCAUCUCAAUGAAAAAGAUACUUUUGUGAACGAAAAAGAACCUAUUUCAAGGAGGAAAAAAUAGACAGCCAAACAACUUUUAUGAAAUGUAAUAUUUUGUUGGGUUUUUUUCUGGCACCUUGAAGCCUCGUAGGAAAAUAUUUUGUGAAAUUUAGACACAAGUUGGAUUUUAGUCCUUUAUGUGAUGGAUAAGUUGAAUUACAUUGCUUCCUUGGUAGGUGUAAGGGUACAGAAGCUGCAUUUUUUCUUAACUCUAUCUGGAAAUAGUGCUAAGUAGUGACUUGCUGAUGGGCCAGAUGGAAACCAAAGCAAACAGAAAAACCAUUUGCUCAUUUUUGUUUCAGUUUCAGUUUCACAGUUUCAGUUUCUGUUUGAUAAAACCCCAGAACUACAUGCAUUGCAUAUGUUGUCACAUUAUACUACAGCCUUCCUACUGAAGGCACAUCUGAAGGCAGCGAUAGCCUGACACUGGUGUCUGGCAGACAGAAGUGUGUGUGACAGCAAGUAUGAUUUUUAAAAUUUCUGCAUUAGUGUCAUGCUUUCAUUCCUUUAUCUAUUUGGUAGUGGUACAUACCUGUGCCCUUAAAGACCUCUGUCAUUAGUGGAAUAGUAUCAUUAGCAAUGUCCAAAGGGAACUUCUACUUCGAUUCACAGUGAUUGCAGCAUCUCCCAGUCUGUAUCAGCAAACUUGCAGCUGUAUUAGGAUCUGGAAUGCCUGCUCCUGUCAGUCAUACA